CAGCUGACAAGUUACUCACACGUGUUGACAUAUUUGUUGCAACAGCUUUGCGUGAAUUUCAUGAAAUUUCGUUUUUGUGUCUCGCCAAAAAUUUAAUUGUGAUAUUCAAAGACAGAACACCGUUAAGAGUGUAACUACAUAAAAUGCGUGAGAAUACACCCCCACGCGCUAAGGAAAUUGAGCAAGCUGACGGGGAGUUAAUAGAAUUCGAAGACGAUGUGCCGCCCGAUGAUGAACAGGAACUGGAAGAAAUUAGCAUGGAGGAAUUGGAGGAGCGUUUUGGUUAUACCUCCGACGAAAGCGAGGAUGAUAUAAAUGACAAACCUUACGGAAUUCCCGAGCGUGAUGAUGCCGUUCUAACUUUCACGAAACACAAACGGGCUGCUUUCGGCUGUGCACUACAUCCAAGUCGUCCUCUCGCCGUUACUGGAGGUGAAGAUGAUCGCGCCUAUGUUUUUAAUGUACACACUUGUGAACUGGUGUAUGAUGUUACUGGGCACAAAGACACAGUCACAGACGUAUUAUUUAGUCAUGAUGGCACAUAUCUAGCGACUGGUGACAUGGCCGGCGAUUUGUACAUACAUAAGUUACAAGAGAAUGAGUCCGGUGGACCGGUGACGUUUCGCAGAGUGUGGGAAUACCAAAUGGGCGAUAUGACCUGGAUGCUUUGGCAUCGCGCUUCCAAUGUGCUGUUAGCGGGCAGCGAAAGUGGUGAAAUAUAUAUGUGGCGCAUACCGGCUGGAGACUGUAAAAUACUGCCUGCUUCUGGAGUACGUUGCAAUGCGGCCGACCUGGCGGCCGAUGGUAAAAAGCUGUUUGUUGGCUACAGUGAUGGUGUGGUCAAGUUGUGGGAUUUGAAAAGUGGUACUGUUAUUAUGGAAGUGGACGAACAAAAUCCAAUGGCGCAUGAUUCGGCUGUGUUGUGUUUAACUUGCGACAAGGAGUCUCCACUGUACGCGUCAGGGUCAAUAAACGGAAAAAUACUUUUUUGCACCAAUAAUGGUCCCGUGGGCGCUGUGGAAACAGAUGGUUCAGUUGAGUGUAUAGCAUUCUCGCCUUCUAAUGAACUUAAGUUGGUUGCCAGCGGCACCCUAAAGGGACAAAUUGCCAUUUGGGAUUAUGGGAAGUACACAUUGCGCACAAUAUGUGACCACGUCGAUGUGGAGGGGGAGGAGUCUGAAAGAUAUCAUGGAGGCAUAACCAGCCUCGUUUGGUUUAAUGAGCAUACGCUUGUUGCAUCGACAAUAGGCGGUGUUGUGAUUGCAUUUGACGCGCGUUCAGGUGCGCGCAAAUUUAUUCUCGAAGGACAUAUGGCGGAAAUCUAUGCAAUGAAGUAUAGUCCACAGGAAAACAUAUUGCUGACAGUAUCUGAAGAUCACCGGGCGAAAAUCUUCAAUGUGCCACCGCUGGGUGAUUAAUUUUGCUGCCUAGAGUGCAUUGAUUCUUACACAGCAGCAAUUUAGUACACAAGGCAACUAUAGACUUGCGUUGUAAUGAAUGUCUGUGUAUGCAUUGACUGUUAAGAACACACAUGGCACAUGCACAAUGUUUAAAAAUUUUAGUUGGAAAUAAGUUGUUUCUAAAACAUCAUCAUAUACAAGUAUAUUAUUAUUUUUCAACUGAUUUUAUAUAUAGCUCUAGAGUGGUGGCAUAUGUAUGUAAUGUGAAACACCACUGAAUUUACUUGCGAAAUUGCAGUUAGUUUUGAGGAUCACUUCCGCAACUACUUGCAAAUUAUCUAGUUAAAACUAUUAUGCUGUACACUAGCAAUUAAUUUUAUAAAUCACAUUUUUAAAAGAAAUUUUUAUAUUAAUUUUAAAAUGUAUUUAAAAGAUAAUGAUUUGUUAUAUUUAAAGGAUAACGAAUUGUAAUUGUUGUUAAGUACUUGAAUAUAAAAUCCAAAUUUGCCGAA